GUUGGAGUAGCAGUGGUGUUGGCUGUAGUGUUGUCCUGCUAUCCUCCUAUCUUAACUCACUAUGGUCAUUGUUCUCCUGCCAGGAUAUGAACUUGAUUGACAUCCUGUGGAGGCAGGACAUUGACCUGGGUGCCGAGCGGGAGGUGUUUGACCUGAGCCUGCGGCAGAAGGAGGAUGAGCUGCGCAGGCAGAGGGAACUGGAGGAGGAGAAGAGGCUGCACCUGCUGAGGGAGCAGGAUAAGGCCUUGCUGGAACAGCUAGAGCUGGACGAGGAGACUGGAGAGUUCAUGCCCUGCCUGCUACCCAGUGAACCAGAGCUGCCCAACACAGAUACCACCCCAGAGGGAAACCAGAACACCAUUUUUUCCAGAGUGGAUGGGGAUGCACUUUCAUUUGAUGAGUGCAUGCAGCUUCUCGCAGAGACAUUCCCUUUAGUAGAAACCAUUGAGCUCCCCCAUCCUCCUCCUGCUCAUGUCAUGCCCUCCCCUUUCAUUGGCAACAGUAGGCCAGAUAUGCUGACCUCCCAGCAGUCACCUGUGGCCCAGAACCCCAUGCUCUCUGCUCUGCUGGCCCCCCACAAGGCUCCCACUGCUGUGCCUGCGUCUCUGGAUCCAGCCCCUGUGGAUGUGGAGCAGGCCUGGAUGGAGCUGCUCUCCCUGCCUGAGCUCGAGCAGCACUUAAAAAUGCAAGUGUCAGAUAUCCUGGAUCAGAAUGGCUAUACCAGCACAAGCAUGCCCCUAGAGGUGCAGGACCCUAACUACAGCUUCUACUUGCCUGAGCUCCCAGGCUUGGUCACAAACAUAGAUACUACACCACCCGUCCCAACCAUCAACAACUUCAAAGGGAUGGUUCCCCCUGACAACCUCAACCAAAUUACUCUGAAAGCCCCGGAGCUCAACACAACCUACACCACAGACAGCCUCUGUAAGGUGUUCUACACUGACCCCUCAAACACAAAACCUUGCUCCCCCAUGUUAUCCUAUACUUCCAAUGAGGCCAACCCACAGGAGGAGGUGAGACACAAACCACUGGAAUCGUCAGAAAUACAUGUCCCCCAAUUUUCCCUGACAGAUGGACACAAGACUGCUACAGAGUUCCCUGACUCUGACUCCGGUCUGUCAAUGGACAAUGUCAGCUCACCUAAGAAAUCCCAUCAGGACGAUAGUUCUACGGGAUACAGCGACUCAGACCUGGAGGAGAUGGAUAGCAACCGGUCCGAGUACAGAGAGAUGUUCUCACUGUCUCUCCAUGGAGAGGAACAACAGUCCUCCCCUUACAACACUGGUCCAGUAUCCCAUCUUCCGGCAGACAGCCUACCCUACCCAAAAAGUGAGCUCAUAGAGGGCAACGGCCAUAACCAGCGCCCAUUCACCAAAGACAAGCCGAGAAGGCGCUAUGCAGGCUGCCAGUCCCGUCUGUCCAGAGACGAACAGCGGGCCAAGGCCCUGGGGAUCCCCUUUGCUGUAGAGCUCAUUAUCAACCUGCCUGUGGAUGACUUCAAUGAGCUCAUGUCCAAGCACCAGCUUAACGAGGUCCAGCUGGUCCUGAUCCGAGACAUCCGCCGACGGGGCAAGAACAAGGUGGCAGCCCAGAACUGCCGCAAGCGCAAGAUGGAAAGCAUCUCAGACCUGGAGGGGGAGCUUGAAGCCCUGUGCGAGAAGAAGGAGCACUUGCUCAGAGAGAGUGCCCAGAGGAACGGCAGUCUGAACGAGCUAAAGGAGCAGCUGGGGAGUCUGUACCUGGAGGUGUUCAGUCGGCUGAGGGAUGAGGAGGGGAAGCCCUACUCUCCCAGUGACUACUCCCUCCAGCAGACCUCCAACGGCAGCAUGUUCCUUGUGCCUCGUGUUAAAAAGAUACUCAAGGGUGAAGACAAAUAGUCUCUUCCAUUGCACUGUUUUCAUUACUUUUGUUCAUACCUACUCUACAUGACUACCAUGCUCAAAGUUCUAUGCUAGACUAUCAAUUGUAUAUAUGUUGCUUAAGGAGUAGUUUAACAGGAGUGUUAUUUAACUUAAUUCCACUUAAUUCCACUUUCAACAAUGUUGAAAUCUCUCCUUAUUCUGUACAGCAAUACUUUUUUUUGAUCCUGUAAUCAUAGCUAUGCAAAUAGAUGUCUACCCUAUUUGCAAUUGAGACAUGGUGACAUGUGUGUAUGCACAGUUGAAAUCGGACGUUUACAUACACUUAGGUUGGAGUCAUUAAAACUCGUUUUUCAACCACUUCACAAAUUUCUAAACAAACU